AUGUCUCCUUAUCACCUAGUUUAUGGGAAGGCGUGUCAUCUUCCUGUAGAAUUAGAACAUAAGGCAUUUUGGGCGUUGAAGAAGUUAAAUUUGGAUCUUGUAGUUGCUGGAGAAGCAAGAAAGCUGCAGCUGAAUGAACUGGACGAGAUGCGGCUGUUUGCUUAUGAAAAUGCAAAGCUGUACAAAGAAAAGAUGAAGAAAUGUCAUGACAGCAGGAUCAAGGAAAGAGUAUUUGAGAAAAAUCAGCAAGUGUUACUGUUUAACUCCAGGUUGAAGCUAUUUCCUGGAAAGCUUAAGUCCCGUUGGUCUGGACCAUUUACUGUGAUGGAAGUGUAUCCAUUUGGAGCUGUCCUGGUGAAAGACGAAAAAUCGGGAAGAGAAUUCACAGUUAACGGACAGCGGCUGAAACGUUAUUUGGGUGGGGAGGUUGACAGAGAAAAAAUCUCCGUCAGUCUGAAGGAUGCUUGA